CGACCAUCUUACUCUGCACCUCUGUGCGAUUCAAAUUUCAUGUACAACAUAUAAUACCGGCCUACUAACUAUUUGAACAUUUCUACAUUGCCAUCCAGACCUGUAACAUCAUCCCUCCUUGUUCCUGCAUAAAAACAAAAGCCAUCAGAGCUCCACAAUCAUCUCGGUCAAGCCGGAACCCCUUGCAAUCAUGUCACGGCCUACCGAGCGUUCCUUUACUCUUGACCACCGUCGAGCUUCUGCUCCUGCCUUUGCAUUUGCCAAAAAGAACUACGAUUGGAACCACAAUGUCCAGGGCUGUUGUCAUGACCGCGACAAGCAUCGCUGCGGUUGCACCUGUCGCAGCUGCUGCUGUGGCUUCAAACCAGCACAGAAUAACCCCAAUCAGCACAACUACAAUGAGAAACAGGGACAAGCCAUUAUUCCCGGACCAUUGGUGGCAUUCACCAAUAACCCCUACAGCCCCUCCUCUGUCAGCACCAGCGACUCAUGCUUUAGUGCCCACGAGGACAUCAGCAAUAGUUGGGAAGCCCAAGGCCCCUUGAUUGCUCGUAUGAUGGCCGAUGACUUUGGCCAGCCUCAGCCUGGGUAUGGGGUGGAAGCGGCAAUCCAUGACGUCGAGCUCGCCUUUGCUUCCGAUGAUGAAGAUCCAAAUCAGUGGCCCGAGUUUACUACCCGCCAGAUCGAGAGUGAACCAUCUUCUCAUCACACAGACGAUGACCUGGAGGUCAUGGCUGGGAGCUCCCUGUUCUCAUGUUUGGAAGUGGAUGAGCCAACGGAAGUUGGCUACCAGAGUGUCACAGCGAGCCAGUAUCUGGUCUGCACGGGCACUUCAUUCUCAGGCAACAACUUCUUGCCUCUCACCCCCGAUUGUCGACAUGAGAGGACUCGGCAAAUGUGUGCCCACUGCAUGCACUAUUGAGGCACGUUGCCUUUACCUGUUCCAUACCAAAUGGAGCAACCGGGUUGUAUACGAAUCACGACAUGAUAAUGAAACGAUCAUUCUUUGCUUUCUGGCUUGGAGUUCUUGGACAUGGAUAUCGUUCUAACAUGAGGGUUUUGGACAAAUGAUAGAUGUACCAUAUGACGCCCAAUACUCGGCGUGUCCCCUCGUUGCCGGUAUGUCUCGCGACGCAACAUGUACUGAUACUAGACCUACACUCGCUAUCGUCAUCAACAACUUAGGUAGUUAGUCAGUUGAACAGUCUGUAUUGACAGUAUGAAUAUUCUUCAAAGGA